AUGCUAAGCAGAUUGUACCUCCAUGUGGUAUAUUCUAUAGGAGAACCAGAGUGCAUUGAGACAAUAUUAUUUCCAUCAACUGGCGAGGAUUCACAAUCGCAAUAUGUUUGUGUCACGCUAAUUGUACGAUUACCCUCGGGUUAUCCCGAUGUCUCGCCGACUAUCAAUCUGAGAAACCCAAGAGGUUUAGAUGAGGAUACGGUAAAGCUGAUGCAAUCUGACGCUGAAGCCAAAUGUAAGGAUUUCAUAGGUCAACCAGUCAUGUUCGAAUUAAUCGAGUUAAUACGAGAACAUCUGACGAGAAGCAAUCUUCCUACUGAUCAGUGUGCUGUGUGCUUAUAUGGAUUCCGAGAGGGGGAUGAAUUUACAAAAACAGAAUGCUAUCAUUAUUUUCAUUCGCACUGUUUGGCAUCACAUGUUUCCGCUGCUGAGAAGUAUUACAGAGAAGAGCAAGAGAAAUUACCGCAGUGGCAACAAGAUACCACAAAUAAGUUUCAAGCUAUAUGUCCCGUUUGUCGAGAAUCGAUCAACUGCGAUGUCGCGAGCAUGUGGUCAGCCCCUCCACCAAUCGAUGUUGAGGCCGCUACCGAUUUCGCUGUUACCGCUGAAUUGAGAGAAUUACAAAAUCACAUGGCUGCUCUGUAUUUACGGCAGCAACAAAGAGGCGGUAUAAUUGAUCUGGAAGCCGAAGGCGUCAAGAUGUUGGUGAGGACGGAGGAUGAUCCUGCAACUGCUACGGAAGAAGUCAGUCCACCUGGAACGAGUCUGAACGCAUAUUCAAAUACCACCACCGUACAAUCGGUUACUCAAGUACAACAUUCGAAGCAAUCAACGCACCAUCAGCCGCAGAAUCAUCAUCAAUCGCAGUAUCAGUCGCGUCAAAUGCAGCACAAUCAUGGCCAUAAUAAUCAUAAUCACGGCCAUCGGCACCGAGGUCGCGGUCGAGCUCAUUACCGGCGCCACUUUGACAAAGUUAGACAGACGGAAUCUACUCCCAGAUGACAAUGGGCUCGUGAUAAGUUCGCCGCCCAAGUCUGGUCUGGUCUCCUCUUCGCUCUUUCGCUAAGUGUAUACAAUAUUUUAUUUAGCAUUAAUAGUAUAAUCGUUCGUGUAAUAUAUGAUGGCUGUCUAUCCUCCUCAAAUAGUCUCAUUGAAAUAAUAAAUUUAUAGGUGUCAUUGAUCGACGACAACAUUCCUAUCGUCAUCAUGAUGGCAAUAGGAUGCGUCGCGACUUCCCGUAUGUACUGUCUACAUAGAUCGAAGCCAUGGUGCUCUGUCUUUGAACAAUUCGUAAUCGUACAAAAUAGUUGAUAUUGUUUUGUCUUAGUUCCUUUUCCUUCUCUUUCUUUACUCUUUAGUUCACGUGAGAUCUCAUGACAUUCGAUUUGUCGGUUCUCUUCAUCUUUUCGCAAAAUAUAAUAUUCUGAAUUAAAAAAAAAUCACAAUAGUGAUUUUUUUCUUGAUCAUUA